AAUCGAAAAUUUGGUAUCACAGUACAGUAUUCAAAAUGUUGAAUGGUCACUGCUCCAAACAAGAAGAUCAUUCCACUGCCAAAAGGCUAGAAGGCAAAGUCGCCAUUAUCACCGGCGGUGCAAGCGGUUUCGGGGAAAGCACGGCCAGGCUUUUCGUUGGGAACGGGGCGCAGGUGGUGGUGGGCGACGUGCAAGAUGAGUUAGGGCAGGCGCUGUGCCAGAGCUUGGGGAAGAACGCCGUGUACGUGCACUGCGACGUGACGAGCGACGCCGACGUCAAGAAUCUGGUGGAGGCGACGGUUUCCAAGUUCGGGAAACUGGACAUCAUGUUCAACAACGCCGGCGUACUGGGGAACAACAAGGACUGCUCCAUCCUGGACGCCGACGGCCAAGACUUCCGGCGCGUUUUCGACGUCAACGUGUUCGGCGGCUUCCUGGGAGCCAAGCACGCCGCGAAGGCGAUGGUUCCGCCGGCGGGGAGAGGCGGCGUGAUCCUUUUCACGUCGAGCGCCGCCUCCGUCACGGCGGGGGUGAUGCCGCAUCCCUACACGGCCUCCAAGCACGCGAUCGUGGGGUUGACGAAGAACCUGUGCGUGGAGCUGGGGCAGUAUGGGAUACGGGUGAACUGCAUAUCUCCCUGCGCCGUCGCCACUCCGUUUGCCGUGGAGGCGAUGGGGGUGGAGAAGAGCGUGGUGGAGGAGAUCAUCUCCGCCUCCGCCAACCUCAAAGGGGUGGUGCCGGCGGCUGAGGACGUGGCGGAGGCGGCGCUGUUCUUGGCUAGCGAUGAAUCCAGGGUUGUGAGUGGACUUAACCUUGUGGUGGAUGGAGGAUACAGUACAACCAAUCAGGCAUUCAUCGCUACAAUGAAGCAAGUGCUAUAUUAAUUAAUAUUAUUAUAUUCUUCCAUUGCUAAAAAUAUGUUGCUUCAAUUGCUUAGAUUUACGGGGAAGCUAGCAACAACUAUCCAAAUAUGUAUGUUUUAGGUGAAGUUGUCAGCAUGGGCAACUCAACUGGUCAUUGAGGUGAAGUUUGAAAAAUAUGACCAAGGAGUCUCACCAAUUAGCGACAGUGUGGGAACAACCUUUUGUACGCGAAUAAAUAAUUUAGUGUGUCUAUGAAAAUUGUAUGGUGUGUUGUAAUAUAAUG